GUUUUACGGUGGAAAAUGCAAAAACCAGAACCAGGUGCAUAAUCUUGUAUUCUGUGGAUAUCCCUGGAGCAGAACUGAGUACCAGUUAAAAUACUUUUUUGGGGGAUACACAUGUGAGAUACUAAGUACUUGCAGAAGAUUUUUGUCUUUCUUUUUAAAGUCACUUUCCUUGGAAUAUUGUGAGCAUAUUUGUGGCCAUUUAAGGUUUGUGUGAUUUUGCUAAAAUGCAUCACCAACAGCGAAUGGCUGCCUUAGGGACGGACAAAGAGCUGAGUGAUUUACUGGAUUUCAGUGCGAUGUUUUCACCUCCUGUGAGCAGUGGGAAAAAUGGACCAACUUCUUUGGCGAGUGGACAUUUUACUGGCUCAAAUGUAGAAGACAGAAGUAGCUCAGGGUCCUGGGGGAGCGGAGGACAUCCAAGCCCGUCCAGGAACUAUGGAGAUGGGACACCCUAUGACCACAUGACCAGCAGGGACCUUGGGUCACAUGACAAUCUCUCUCCACCUUUUGUCAAUUCCAGAAUACAAAGUAAAACAGAAAGGGGCUCCUACUCAUCUUAUGGGAGAGAAUCAAACUUACAGGGUUGCCACCAGCAGAGUCUCCUUGGAGGUGACAUGGAUAUGGGCAACCCAGGAACCCUGUCGCCCACCAAACCUGGUUCCCAGUAUUAUCAGUAUUCUAGCAAUAACCCCCGAAGGAGGCCUCUUCACAGUAGUGCCCUGGAGGUGCAGACAAAGAAAGUUCGAAAAGUUCCUCCAGGUUUGCCAUCUUCAGUCUAUGCUCCAUCAGCAAGCACUGCCGACUACAAUAGGGACUCGCCAGGCUACCCUUCCUCGAAACCAGCAGCCAGCACUUUCCCUAGCUCCUUCUUCAUGCAGGAUGGCCAUCACAGCAGUGACCCUUGGAGCUCCUCCAGUGGGAUGAAUCAGCCUGGCUACGGAGGAAUGUUGGGCAAUUCUUCUCAUAUUCCACAGUCUAGCAGCUACUGUAGCCUGCAUCCACACGAACGUUUGAGCUAUCCAUCACACUCCUCAGCAGACAUCAAUUCCAGUCUUCCUCCGAUGUCCACUUUCCAUCGUAGUGGCACAAACCAUUACAGCACCUCUUCCUGUACGCCUCCUGCCAACGGGACAGACAGUAUAAUGGCAAAUAGAGGAAGCGGGGCAGCAGGCAGCUCCCAGACUGGAGAUGCUCUGGGGAAAGCACUUGCUUCGAUCUAUUCUCCAGAUCACACUAACAACAGCUUUUCAUCAAACCCUUCAACUCCCGUCGGCUCUCCUCCUUCUCUCUCAGCAGGCACAGCUGUUUGGUCCAGAAAUGGAGGACAGGCCUCAUCAUCUCCUAAUUAUGAAGGACCCUUACACUCUUUGCAAAGCCGAAUUGAAGAUCGCUUAGAAAGACUGGAUGAUGCCAUUCACGUUCUCCGGAAUCAUGCAGUGGGCCCAUCCACAGCUAUGCCUGGUGGUCAUGGGGACAUGCAUGGAAUCAUUGGACCUUCUCAUAAUGGAGCAAUGGGUGGUCUGGGCUCAGGGUAUGGAACCGGUCUUCUUUCAGCCAACAGACAUUCACUCAUGGUUGGGGCCCAUCGUGAAGACGGUGUGGCCCUGAGAGGCAGCCAUUCUCUUGUGCCAAACCAGGUUCCAGUUCCACAGCUUCCUGUCCAGUCUGCAACUUCCCCGGAUUUGAACCCACCCCAGGACCCUUACAGAGGCAUGCCGCCAGGAUUGCAGGGCCAGAGCGUCUCCUCCGGCAGCUCUGAGAUCAAAUCCGACGACGAGGGGGAUGAGAACCUGCAAGACACGAAAUCUUCCGAGGACAAGAAGUUAGAUGACGACAAGAAGGAUAUCAAAUCGAUUACUAGGUCAAGAUCUAGAUACUCCCUUCUACAGAAAAUACAACUGCAGGAAAAUAGCUUCUGCAAUAACGAUGACGAGGAUCUGACACCGGAGCAGAAGGCAGAGCGUGAGAAGGAGCGGAGGAUGGCCAACAAUGCCCGCGAGCGCCUGCGCGUCCGCGACAUCAACGAGGCUUUCAAGGAGCUCGGCCGCAUGGUGCAGCUCCACCUCAAGAGUGACAAGCCCCAGACCAAGCUCCUGAUCCUCCACCAGGCCGUGGCCGUCAUCCUCAGCCUGGAGCAGCAAGUCCGAGAGAGGAAUCUGAAUCCGAAAGCCGCGUGUCUGAAAAGAAGGGAGGAAGAGAAGGUGUCCUCAGAACCUCCCCCGCUCUCCUUGGCGGGCCCGCACCCUGGAAUGGGAGACGCGUCAAACCACAUGGGACAGAUGUAAAAGGGUCCAAGUUGCCACAUUGCUUCAUUAAUACAAGAGACCACUUCCUUAACAGCUGUAUUAUCUUAAACCCACAUAAACACUUCUCCUUAACCCCUUUUUUUGUAAUAUAAGACAAGUCUGAGUAGUUAUGAAUCGCAGACGCAAGAGGUUUCAGCAUUCCCAAUGAUCAGAAAACCGAAAAACAAACAAAAAAAAAAAAAGAAAGAAAAAAGUGCAACUUGAGGGGUGACCCUCUAACAUAUCAUUCAGAAUGUGCAAAGCGGUGUGUGCAGGCUGAGACGCAGCCCAGAGACUGAAUGGCAAUCUUUCCACACUGUGGAACAAUGCAUUUGUGCCUAAACUUCUUUUGGAAAAAAAAAAAAAUAUAAUUAAUUUGUAAGUCUGAAAAAAAUAUUUAAUUUAAAAAAUUGUAAACUUGCAAUAAUGAAAAAGUGUACUUCUGAAGACAACUACAUGAACGUUUUUGUUGGUAUUCAAGUCAGCUAGUGUUUAUUAUUACCGGAUAUCGAAUAAGGGAAGCUCGGCUGCCCUCGUAACAAAACCAGCAAACGUCCUGAUGACAACAAAGUGAUGACAUUAGCCAUUCCUUAGGGUAGGAGGAACAGAUGGAUCUUAUAGACCUAUGACAAAUAUAUAUAUAAAUAUAUAUAUAAAUAUAUAUUAAAAAUUUAGUGACUAUGGUAA